GUACUAAGCACAAAAUUCCUAUUUGUUGGUUUUUCUGUGAAGAUGGUUACAAACAACAACUUUUGAUUACCAAGAAUAUUUUGUUGGAUCUUCCUUGUGAGGGUAGGGCUUUGGGACUAGCAAUGUCUCUCAAACAAUAUCUCCUUUGACUGUGACCCACAGCUAGAUACAUAUUACAUCGUGACUCAGUAUGUCCCCUGCAUGCAUAAAGUGUGUGCACACACACAAACACAACAAAAAUUUACCCUUUCUACAUAUGAUGCACUCGGACAUCACUUCAUUGAAAGAAAAAAAAGUUGAUUGCAACUCACUAAAUUGACUGAUUGCUAAAACCUAUAGUUUGAAAAACAUUGGACUAGAAAAUGUUUAAGUUCCUCGUGAUUCCUGAGAUUCUGUAGUUAAUUCAGAGUGGAAAAUGUGUAAUUUUUCUGUUGUUCUCAGCCAGAGUAGCCAAGUUACUAGAAUUCUUAUAAAUUCAGAUCAGCCGGACAGGCCAUCCAAAUUGGUAGCUCAAAGUGGAUAUAAUAUCCAUAGUGAUAGUGUCAAUUUUAGCAAGGCAUUUAAGUCUUUUAUGAUGGCAUGAUGGGUGAGAUGGGGGAAUUUGCCAGAUUGUGGUAAAAGUAGAUGGAGUCAUGACAUUGAGUAUCUAUGUUUUGAGGGUUUGAUUUAUGGAUACAAGACCGCUGGGAUCUGAUGAUCUGAGUUGAGGCUCUGUCACUUUCUUUAUACACAGAAUGUCUUUAUAGUCUUAUCUGAAAGGUAUGCUUAGCAAAUAUGUGGCCUUGAUGAAGUAUCAUCUGGCUAAUCUCAAGAUUUGCCCAGUGCAACUUAAUGGAAUGGAAGGAUCUUAUAAAUGUGAGGAAUUCCACUUGGAGUCCAAAAAAUUCAGUUAUACCAGUUAAUGAUGGGAGAGAUGUGACCUAGGAGGGGCUCAUGUAUAAAAAGAUGUGGAAUCUCAGUCAUCUGAGUCAGUGGUAUGGUUAGCCUGUGAGAAGAACUGGUGUGACCUGAAGUAUUAGAUUGCAUUAGGAAAAUGUAAGAUCAAGGAAGGUUGUUGCAUCACUUGACCCCAGCACUGGUUGGCUCACACCAGGAAUUUUAGGCUUAGGUCUUAGUAUUCUACAAGAAUAAAUAAAGUGUGAGGUUAGACAUUAGAAGGAAUUGGAAUUUGUCAGCUUAUAAAAAGUAAUUUUUUUAUUGGUUGUCUGAGAUGGUGAAGUUGCUUUGGCAUGAGUGAUCCUUUUUCCCAUCAUCAUUUCAUACAUAUUCAAGGCAUUCAUAUUGACUGAACAAGACAGUCAAGGUUCCUUGCCUUCAUGGAGCUUACAGUCUAGUGGGGUGACACAACAUAAACAAAUAAGAUAAUUCAUAUGGGUGAUUUAUUCUGAGCUCAUACAGAAGUGGUCUCACAUCUGAAACAUGGCUACGGAUUGGCUAGGCAGUAUUGUGUCCAUCAACUGUGGAGAUAGCUUGGGUGUCUAUCAGGGAAGAGUGUCAGCAGUUGAUCAGGUCAGCCAGACCAUUUCUCUCACCCGGCCUUUCCACAAUGGAGUGAAGUGCCUUGUGCCGGAAGUCACCUUCAGGGCAGGUGACAUUAUGGAGUUAAAAAUCCUGGAGAUACCAGGUCCCGGAGAAAACCAACAUUUUGGAGACCUUCAUCAGACAGAAUUAGGCCCUUCUGGUAUUGGGUACCAAGUGGGUAUCAAUCAGAAUGGCACAGGCAGGUUGGUCAAGAAGCCAACCUCUUCCAGCAGUGCCCCUCAAAACAUCCCUAAGAGGACAGAUGUGAAGAGCCAGGAUGCUGCCAUUUCCCCGCAGCAGCAGCAGUGUUCCAAGAGCUAUGUGGACAGGCACGUGGAGCCUUUGAGUCAGUCCAAAAGUUUCCGUCGUCGGCACAACUCUUGGUCAUCUAGUAGCAGGCACCCAAAUCAGGCAACUCCAAAGAAAAGUGGUUUAAAGAAUGGCCAAAUGAAGAAUAAAGAUGACGAGUGCUUUGGGGAUGAUAUUGAAGAGAUCCCAGACACAGAUUUUGAUUUUGAAGGGAACCUAGCCCUAUUUGACAAGGCAGCUGUGUUUGAGGAGAUUGAUACAUAUGAGAGGAGAAGUGGUACCCGUUCCAGGGGUAUCCCAAAUGAAAGGCCUACUCGGUACCGCCAUGAUGAGAACAUCCUGGAGUCAGAGCCCAUAGUCUACCGUCGGAUUACAGUGCCCCACAAUGUGAGCAAGGAGUUCUGCACAGACUCUGGCUUGGUUGUCCCAAGUGUUUCCUAUGAGCUACAUAAAAAGCUGUUGUCUGUGGCUGAAAAGCAUGGGUUGACUCUGGAGCGGAGACUGGAGAUGACAGGCGUGUGCGCCAGUCAGAUGGCACUGACUCUACUUGGAGGACCCAACAGGUUGAAUCCCAAAAAUGUUCACCAGAGGCCUACAGUAGCUUUGCUAUGUGGGCCGCAUGUGAAGGGGGCUCAGGGUAUCAGCUGUGGAAGGCACUUAGCCAACCAUGAUGUCCAGGUGAUCCUCUUCCUGCCCAACUUUGUCAAGAUGCUCGAGUCCAUCACCAAUGAGUUGUCUCUCUUCAGCAAGACCCAAGGCCAACAAGUGUCUAGUCUCAAAGAUCUGCCCACUAGUCCCGUGGACCUGGUGAUCAACUGUCUGGAUUGUCCUGAGAAUGCCUUCUUGCGGGAUCAGCCCUGGUACAAGGCAGCUGUGGCUUGGGCCAACCAGAAUCGGGCACCAGUACUCAGCAUAGAUCCUCCAGUGCAUGAAGUCGAACAGGGCAUUGAUGCCAAGUGGUCACUGGCUCUGGGCCUGCCUCUCCCACUAGGAGAGCAUGCGGGACGCGUCUAUUUGUGCGACAUUGGCAUUCCCCAGCAGGUAUUCCAGGAGGUGGGGAUCAACUACCACUCACCCUUUGGCUGCAAGUUUGUAAUCCCACUACACUCUGCCUAGAGGGACUCUGGACAGGCUGGACCCAGUAGUCCCCUGCUGCUCCUGACAUUGAACUAGACAACGAAUGCCUUAAGAGGAUGUGAAGCUUCAUGGACCUUAUUGUUAAAAUUUUCUCUUUUGGGUUUGUUUCUUCUGUGAGAGGACAGAUCAUAUAUAUUUUUUCUUUUGAGAACAUGUAUUUAAAGCUGACCUGUCACCUGCCCUUCGCCAGGAAAGGCUUUCCCACUGGGUGUGUGAGUCAGGUGGCAGGCUGAGUGUGCAAUGGCUCCAGGCAUUUCUACACUCGGUCCCCUGCAUGGCCAGGUCGGGCUUUGUUUACAGACCAUAGGCAGCUUACAAACUGUGUUUCAGGUUUACAGCCACUGGGCCUGGGAGAACGUCUUGCAGGGUUGGGUAGGUCCUGUUUGGGGGCCUGUACUUCCUCUGUUUCAGAGCUGGUGGCUUUGUCUCCUCUCUGAUCGUGUACAGCUGACUGCACUGCAGCUAUCCACUAAAGGACAGAGUUACACUCCCCAUUCGUUUUGAGGGCUGUGAGGCCUCCCCUAAACCCCACCACAAGUAGAUUUGAGGGCUUUUUACCCUUUCUCCUUAGCUGAUUAAGUUUUAUGCUGGGAUUUUCCCCCAAGGGUCCUUCCUCCUUUCUAAACCACUCUGAGAGGCAAGGAAAAGGGUGGCAUCAUCGCAGGUAAUAUAAGGUUAUGUUACUGUAGAACCACAAUGCCCAUCUUGCCAGCAGUGCUCCCUAACCCCGUACCCUCCCUAGCUGUGGGGGGAGUGGAGGGUGAGCAUCUGCUUAGUCUGAGGCAAGGCCCCUGGUGCUGAGCCAGUAGAGGCUCCCUGGUGCUUCUGUCCUAGCUCAUUUGCCAGCAUAUACAGAGCCCUGUCCCCCACCCCCACCCCCGUAGCUAUCAUCCAAGAGCAGGGCACAUGUCCCUCCCUUGUUGGAACCCUUUUUGGUUGUCCAGUCUGAAUAGGCUUGGGACCAGAGCCUUAUCUCAGAGAUGCCAAAAUGAGGCCAGUUCUGAGUAAGCUACCUGAUGGGGCUCAGCCAUAGAAACACACUGUUGCUCAGAUCCUAAGGCACUAAGCCCCUACCAAGCAUAUCAAACUCACAACUGGCUUAAAUGCGGCAUGAGGCCCUAAGGCCUGCCGGCCUUGAGUUUGACGUUUGCCCUACCUUCGCAGGCCUAGGCCCUGGGGGCUGAUAGGAGCCAUGCCCUGGAGUUCCUGGCAGCAGUCCUUGCAAAAGACUUGUGCUUUAAUGCCUUUCUCAGGGCUUCAGACUGCCUUAUGUUUUGUGCCUACCCAGUCUGAUUAAAGGGGUGAGUGGGAAAGCUCACCAAGGAUCAUGGACACAGGUAGGCAGGCACUGGUUUCAGGCUGCUUAUCACUUUCCUAUAGGAGCAUAGCCAGGAACAAAUAAGGCAGGGCAGAGAGGGCUGGUCCCUCUUCCUCCCAUCCUUCCACAAAUGUUCAAUUGUUUCCAGCAGUGGGAGGACAGAUUGUCAGCCCCGUACUGUGCAUCUUCCCUUGGCCUCUGCUCACUCUCAGGACCAAGCAGCUCCCAAGAUUGGACCCUCAUUUUAGUCACAGGGCCACAAUCUGUGCUGGGUUACAGGCAUUUUAGUAAGCAAUCACUAAGCAGUUCUGGCUGCCUAUUACUGUGGUUAGGUCCCUUGACUGGGUACAGUGGGAAAUGAGCUAGGACAGCCCUGGCCCAAAAGAGCUUGCUCUGGUAAACUGCUGUGGCCUAGGGGGAAUGGCCUUGAGGGGCCACUGGGAAUUUAUGCUCAAGCCUUUUUUCUCCCCCGGUGGCACUGUGCCCUCAGCUGCGCAUUUCCCAGUCAGAGGCAUCCUGUCCACAGUGCCGUCCCCAAGGGGCCCCAAUCAGGUAGUCAAGAUUCAUUCAAGUAGUUCUUGGGGGACCAAAAACCAGCACUAAAAUAAAGCUGAAUGACACAG